AUGCUCGGCUCAGCUGUGGGAUCAGGCGGAAGUCGAAUUUCAAAACCGGCAGUUGCCGGCAAUGCCAAAUCGUCGAGAAAUGGUGAUGUACAGGCACGCUUAGAUCGGCUUGAAUCACUCCUGGUAAAGGCAGUAUCGGGGAACCCGCCACACCAGCAGCAACCACCGCAACAUGUUCGCCAUGAAGAAGAGCAUGGGCUUGACUCCGAAUUCUCGCCAUCGGCGACGAGCCAGACGUCACAGGGAGCUGCUGGUAUAUCUUCGGAUAACAACCAUGGGACGCUCCUUCUCGAUGGUGGACAGAGCAAGUUUGUGUCGUCCUUGCACUAUGCUCUUCUAGCUGAUGAGAUUCAAGAUAUCAAAGCGCUCUUGGGCGACAAAACGGAUGAAAACUCAGAUGGGCCAACGCAAAACAAUCUCAUUCAUGCCAUCAGUCUUGGCCGAGCGAAACUGGGCGUUUCGCUAGAAAUGCUGAUACCUGAAUCCCAGGAACAGCGCGAUGCACUUCUCGACAUAUACUUCUCCAAUGUCGACCCCGUGGUCAGAAUCACCCAUAGGCCGAGUUUGUGGUUGAAAGCAGAUUUGGAGAGUCAAGAGAUGAACUUAUGGCGAAAAGAGGAUAUAGGCAAGGCAUGGGCGCUCCUGGGUAUCGCCAUACGGAUAGCUUUGAACCAAGGAUUGCAUCGAGACCCUUCCUUGUUUCCAUCUGGCACGUUCGAUGUGGUCACUGUCGAACUCCGACGGAGGGUUUGGCAUCAGAUCUGCUCUCUUGAAUUCAGAGCUGCCGAAGCUAAAGGACAGGAGCCAAGCAUAGCCGAGGAUGACUACACCACACUAUUACCUCGCAACAUUGAAGAUGAAGAAUUGAUUGAGGGACAGAGUCCAGGAGCGACCCCUUACAAUGAGGAGCGGUGGACUUCCAUGACUUACCCAUUGAUCCGCUUCGUUGGCUUGCGAGCAUCGAGACAAAUCAUCAAAAGCACUUAUCGCCUGGAGCGGCGCAUGCUAGAAUCCGGAUUGCAUGGUACAUCCGGACCCGAUCCGGCUAUGGAAUUGCAGACUAUAUAUCAGCAGAUCCAGAAUAUGGUCGAGGAGAUGCACCAGAAUAACUACAGGAAAUAUCUGCGAUUUGCUAGUCCCGAUGUUCCGAUACAGAGAUUGACUCUGGGUCUAGCAACCUUGCUUGAGUGGCGGUGCUACGUGCUAUUCUGGCUUCGAAUGCCGCGGGCUUUCCGAGACGUAGUUUUUUCAAUCGAUGUUAGGAAAUCCAUUUUCGAGAAGUCGGUUAAUACGAUUGAAACUCUGAAUGGUGCCACGGCAGACGUAGACGCUGCCCGCUUUCAGUGGCACAUAGGCACGUCCUCUCCGAACUACGUAACCCUCUUUUCGACGCUCCAGAUCGACAUCGCGCCAUCCGAGCGCUUCAACUAUCUAGACUGCUUAAAGAACAGAAUCACACCCGGCCAUGGCAGGUAG